AUGGAUACUGAGGAACAGCCAUUAGUUAGUGCAGGAAAUGUAGAAACAGGUGCAUUAAGCAGUACAAGUACUCUCUUUGAGGAUAUACCAUGCGAAAAUGUGGGGGCAGGGGCACAGGAAGUGAUGCCACCGCCCACCAGUGCUCAAGGAGAUGUAGAUAAAGAAAUAGCACCACCCCCAGAAAAGCAGGAACCAGAGAAUGCACAUGGGAAGCUACCAGAACCAUCGAGGAAACGUAGCCUGAGAUCCAUUACACCAGUCUUUGACGAACACGGUUCUGUGUCUCGUUUACAGACAGCCCAUUGCCUCCUUCGUCAGUUGGCUAGAACUGUCGGUGCAGCAUACGGCGUGCAGAACUCUGCAGAAGUGACAUGUUCUUUUGUAAAUAUUGUAACGAACGCAUACAUCAUGCUGGCUCACUUACUUGAGAUGGAAGAGCUCCAGUCGACCGGGCAGCUAGUGUUACACACCUUACCGUGGAUCGUGAUGGCAGCCUGGAGACUUGUCUGCAUUGCUCACAGCAGCGACGCGGUCGUUCGAGAAGCUAACCAUACUGAACAGCUGGUCAACAAGUUGCUCCUGCUGUCGCCUUUGGGAGUCUCCAGUCCUCGCUCCAGUCUACAGAGGUUCGUCGACCAGCUGGGCCACAGUGGACUCAGGUACAGCGCUGCAGGACUGUUCUCCAUCGACAGGUCGCUACUGGCGAGUUGCGUGGCGGCCGUCACGACCUACCUCGUGAUCCUCGUCCAGUUUGGUAUGUCGAGUGGUGUGAAUAAAUAA